CAUAAUGCCGCUUGGUUUGUCAACUCAAGAAAUCCCUGAUGAWCAGAUAACAGCUUCGUCUUCGCGUGGGAGUGAUUCGCCACAUUUCGGUCGACUAUACAAUGACAAAUAUUGGUGCGCUGCCCAAACAAAGAACACAGAAUAUCUUCAGAUUGACUUGGGAAAGGUUCAAACUAUUAACAAAAUAGGUACCCAAGGUCGGAGAACCAGGAACGAUUGGGUUAAUGGUUAUUUCCUGGAAUACAGUCAGGAUGGGAAAAGAUGGACGAAAUACAGUGAAAGUGGCAACAGUGUAACUUCGAAUUCUUAUUGCUUCUCGGGAAAAUGCGCAGAGACUAGAGACACUCAGUGUAGAGAUCUAUGGGGACCUGACAGUAACAAUGCUAAUCAAGGAUGCUAUGAUAAACUCAACACGGAAGCUAAAGGCUUCGGCACUUGUGAUCCAGUAUCUAACUCUUCCUGUGCGACGAGCAAUGUUCGCUGUGGUCAGAUACAGUGUUUGUCAAACAGAAACACCCCUGUAGAAGACUACGGAAAAACGUACCAAAAGUUCACGCUUGAUGCCUCUACUCAAUGCAGUGCGGCUGUACUUAAAACUAACUCUGACUUCCUUGGUCUUGGUAUGGUCAACGAUGGAACGAAGUGCGGCGACCAAAAGAUGUGUAGCAACUACGAGUGCAAGUCGUUUGCAGAGCUGAACAUUAAACCUUGCCAGACGGUUAAUGGCCAAGAGUGUAAUGGGCAAGGAGUGUGUACAAACACAGGCGUAUGUCAUUGUGAUGCUGGAUAUGAUCCCGCUUCAGCAUGCGUCAAUGCUCUGAUACCACGUGAUGGUGGGUAUGGCGCGUGGUCUGCUUGGUCCACGUGCACUGCAGGGUGUAACGGAGGCACACAAAAUCGACAUCGAUUCUGUAAUAAUCCAUUUCCAACGCACGGCGGCAAAGAUUGUCAAGGAGAAAGACAGCAACAGCGUGAUUGCAACACGGAUGCUUGUCCACGUGCUCAUUCUUGUCGUCAACUCCAGAAAAUUGCAACGACAGAAAACAAGUAUAUUCCUGACGGAGUAUACGCGAUUUACCCCUAUGGCGUUGAUAAAGAUCCAAUCAAAACCUACUGUGACAUGUCACGUGAUGGUGGUGGAUGGACGCUAUUGGUCACAAGCCACACCAAUAGUUGGACGUCCCAAAAUGUGAGACUAAGGAACCAAGAUUCUCCAUCUUUGACAAGCGAUUAUUCAAUCCUAAACUAUGCUGAUGAUAUCAAGAACAAUUUAAAUGUCGUUGGUUCAAAAUUUGAGUAUCGUUUAGAAGCGCAAAGCAGAGGACGAUGGGGUGGAAUAUGGGAAGCUGAUCGAUCCUACACCUUCACGGCAACUACUAAUGGACAAACAAAUGUCCAACUGAUAAAGAAAUUUGAUAACUGGAAUUAUGCCAAUAAUGGAAUAGAGAAACGAAUGCCUUGGAUCUCAGGAGCAAAGCUGACUACAUCCGCGAAAGCUAAUUCGAAUUGGUGGGGCACAAUAACGGCGAAUGAAAAAAGCUACCAUCCUGCGCCAUGGAUCAGGGGACAUUUUAUGGAACAACAGCCCGAAUAUAUUUGGUACUGGGUGCGUGAAGGACCAUGGAAGUUACCAAGAUCUUGUAUGGAAGUACAGAUGAGAGGUCUACAAACGACUCCGCCAAAAGACGGAGUUUACUCAAUCAAGCCUCCUGGUAAGAAAGAAGUGAAGACCUACUGUGACCUGGCAAGUCAAGGUGGUGGAUGGACAUUACUAGUAACGAGUAAAACACACACAGGAUGGUCAGUGGACAAUGUGAAAAACAGGAAUUCCAACCAACCGUCACUAGACGCUGAUUACUCUAUCCUUGAGUUUGCAGAUGCCAUUAAGGAUUUCGAUGUCUCUCAAGAUUCCUUUCAGUAUCGUAUCGAAGCUGAUGGCUCCAGCCAGUAUGGUGGCAUCUUCGUUGCACCAAGGGAGUACACAUUUACCUCAACUCGUGACAAGCAAACAAAUGUUAAAAUGGUCGAGAACUUCAAUGGCAUUGACAAAAAUACAAAUCUAGUCAGGCGAAUGCCAAGACUUGCGCUGUCAGCCAACAUUUUCUUGAGUUCAGGCUCAAUAGCAAAUGACUCAUCUGGGUCCAUUAUUUACGCCGAUGGAUCAGCAGAAUCACCAUCAUAUUUACCAGACGUAAAGCCAAACCCUGGAGUUGUCAGAUAUUGGAUGAGGGAAGGAACAAGACGUUCUUGCAAUGAUAUCAAGGUCCAUGGCACGAGAUUGUCAAGAAAAUAUGAAGAUGAUUAUUACAUGAUACGUCUUGUCAACGAGUCCACGUACUUUCCUGUAUUCUGUGACAUGACGUCAGAUCUUGGUGCAUUUACUUUGGUGGUUACAAGUCGCCAUAACAACUGGACACGUGACCAAGUACCAGCCAGAAACGUAUACCGACCAUCAACCUCAGAUGAUUACUCAAUCCUAAAGUACGCAGACCUGAUCAAAAACAUGGGACAUAAUACCACAUUCAAAUACAAAUUGGAUGCAAACCAGCGGGGACACUGGGGAGGAGUGUGGAGUGCACCACGUGACUACAGCUUUAUGUUCACCUCUACUUCACAAACACAAGUAACCCUACUUCAGAAAUUCGAUGCAUGGACAUUAUCCKGGUGGAGAUCGGUGCAGAAUAGGAUGCCAUGGUUUGAUGCCAACGGGCAAUCCAACAAGGCCCUUCUGACAACUUCUAGCAGCACCACCUAUUACCCAGCUGGAUCCAUUAUUUGGGGUGACACGGAUAGACACCCAGCAGAGUGGAUACGUGACGGAGGCAUGAUAAAUCCUGGGGUCAUUUGGUAUUGGGUUAAUGAAGAUGACUGUGACUUGGACAGACAGCCUGUUGAUGGUGGCCUUUCCGAAUGGAGUGCUUGGGAGAAAUGUGACAAACUUUGUGCAGAUGGCAAACAAGUUCGCCGUAGGACUUGUACCAACCCCGAACCCAGAUGUGGAGGUCUCCUGUGUAGUGAAUCCGAAAAGACAGUGGAGGAAAAACCUUGUUACACGUGCCCAGAAAGUCCUAUUCGGAGCUACGGUGGAUAUUGCGUUCAGCCCAAGAGCGGUGACUGCAACCCUAAAGAAAACACAACCACGUGGAGCCACGCCCUAGUUUUUAGAAGAGUCGAUGCGAAUUGUUCUGCCGAUUACAUGAACUUCGUUUUUGACGCGGAUGGCAUGAUUUAUCACAAAUGCAGUGGGAARAUCGUCUGUCCUGAUGAUACCCAAAAAAAGUUCUUGGUCCUUUAACAGAUACC